GUGUUUCCGCACCACAGUCACUGACGGGAAGUGGGAGGGGCCUGUCAGACACAGACAGCUAAUGGCCGCUGGAGGAGUUCAGCUGUUUUCACCGUGUUUGUAUCCAAAGGAGAUAGAGAUCUAGAAACAGCUGAUCGACACUGACGAGGAGCUCGUCGUCAUGAUGCAGAGAGUUCGAGUCCUUCAGCUGCUGCUGUUCACCUGCUUCACCUCAGCUCCACCUGCGGCUGCUGGAAGUGACAACCAUUUGUUGACGGCCCCGCAUCCUGAAGUAGUGGAGAUAGGGACUGACUUCACGGCUACCUGCAUGAUCAUCAACACAGCCGAAGUCACAGCUGACGACCUCUACUGGAAUUUGUCUCAGGCGACGGUACCCAAAGAACAGUACACAGAGAUCAACACAACAGCUCUGAACGUCACCAUUCAUGUCAGCGGUGAAAAAAAUGAAUGGUUAUUAUGCCUCUGCAAGAAGGUGUCGGCCAACGUUGUCCUGAAUCAAGGCAAAUUUAUGCACGGGAUCAUCCUUCGGAAAGGCUAUCGUCCGACGAAGCCAGAGAAUCUUACCUGCAUCGCUCUUCAGGAGGAAAGUCGCAUCUCUCCAACUAUCACGUGCAGCUGGGUCGCAGCAGGACGUCAAACCAAAGACGUCGCCACAACUUUCACACUGAUUUUGAAAGUCAUCAAUGAACUCUCUCAUAACAUGUCGACUGAAGGAAACAGUGCCUCUGUGUCUCUGUCCGUUUUCCCACACUUCAUGGAGCUGGAGAUCUGGGUGGAGGCAAAGAAUAAACUGGGAACCAUCGAGUCUGAGCGUCUGAGGAGAGACGCCGGAUACUUUGUGAAAACAAAGCCUCCGGCAAACAUCCAAAUCAUCUCUGAGAACAAUUUUCCCACCUCUCUUCUCAUAAACUGGAAUCGUCCUGUUGAAAAACAAUAUGUGGGAUUAACGUAUGAAAUCAGAUUCUGCCAAGAUGGAUCUCAUGAUUGGGUGUAUGUGCCUCAUGUGGACACUGCCAAGGACAUUCAGUCCUUCAGACUCCAGAACCUUCGGCCAGACACUGUUUACGUCACUCAGGUUCGCUGCAAAAACGACAGAGAGGGCUUCGGUUACUGGAGUGAAUGGAGCAGCAACGCUACCAAGAGAACGCCAGAGGACCGACCAACAAGUAAACCAGAUUUAUGGAAAAUCGUUGUUGAAAGUGAUGUUGGUGAGCGACGAGUGCAGUUUAUCUGUAAGGAUCCAGUGUUUGCCAACGGGAGGGUAUUAAGAUUCGACAUGAGGGUUCAAGAACAAAAGGAAAAAGUGAAGAAUGGAAGUUGGGAGAGUUUCCCCGUCAACCGCUCGGAGGCCGACGGCCGCUCCGACCACAGGAGCAGCACCGACCUCAAAGACAUUCUCCUGGCCGACAAGAAAUCUGUCAAAGUGUACGUCACUGCCGUCAACUCGGUGGGGAAGUCUGCUGCAGCGUCGUUAUUCAUCCCCGAGAAAGCACAUGAGCUUGCCCCAGUGGAGGAGCUGAGGGGGUGGGUCCACGGAGGCCAGAUGUGGCUGCAGUGGAAACCCCCGAACACUGAAGCUGUGACGGAGUACGUGGUGCAGUGGGUCAGUGGAGACGGGAUGGACUGGCAGAGAGAAAACAGAAGCACCAGACUCACUGUUAUUAAAGGCGACCUGAAGAAGUUUGUUUGCUACACUGUGUCUGUGUAUCCAAUAUAUUCUGGAUGGACGGGGCAGGCAGCAACUGUUCAAGCCUUUCUGGAGCAAAGUGCUCCAGAGAAAGGCCCCACUGUCAGACUGAACGGUAGACCAGGACAUAACGAGGCUGAGCUUGUGUGGACAGAGAUUCCCCAAAGCAGUCGAAGAGGCUUCAUCACAAACUACACAAUAUUCUACACAAGUGGGGAUGAUGUACUCUCGGUGACCGUUCCUUCAAACACGACCUCAUUCACUCUGACAUCACUGUCAGGAAACACCAAGUACGACACGUGGAUCAGUGCCUCGACCAUCGCAGGUUCAGCCGAAGGCUCCCGUCACUCCUUCACCACUCUGAAAUAUGCACCGGGAGAGAUCGAGUUCAUCGUCGGUGGAGCGAGUUUUGGCUUUCUGGUUGUUGUCGUCAUGACGAUGGUGAUCUGUAUUUCCAAAAAAGACAGCAUCAAGAAGAACUUCUGGCCUCAGAUUCCAAACCCUGGAGAGAGCACGAUUGGAUACUGGUCUCCUGAUUAUCCGUUAAAAGCAGAGACGCCAAAGGAGAACUGUCUGUCUGGCAUCAGUGUCCUCGACGUGGACAUGUGCGAUGGAAAGACGGUGUUUGAUGAAGACAAAACCAGUCUUCCUCUGAAGAAGGACAAGUAUCUGUCCGAGGAGCACAGCAGCGGCAUCGGCGGCUCCUCCUGUAUGUCUUCGCCUCGCCAGAGCGUGUCUGACAGCGACGAGGGCGGAGAGUUGGUGGACACCACGGCAAGUACCGUGCAGUACUCCUCUGUGGUGGCCUCCAACGGUUACAAGGGUCAGACUCCGAGCUCGCAGCCGCAGUCGGCCAUCUUCUCCCGCUCCGAGUCCACGCAGCCCCUGCUGGACUGCGAGGAGAACCCGGACAUGUUGGUGCAGGAGGGCAGCAGACACCAGCGCUUCCUGCGACGACCUGCGGCGAACGACCCCGCCGACUUCAACCAGCUGCUGGAGAUGGAGCAGCAGGAGGUGCUAGAGCCUCUGGACUUCUGCCCCCUGGAGGAGGACUCUGAGCUGACACUUACAGAUGAGCAGUCAGCUGAUUGGCUGCCGACGGCGCCUGCCUCCAGCUACAUGCCUCAGCUGGGAGGCUACAGCCAGCAGUAAGAACAGACAUGUCCACACUUCGGUGCCUUUUGGAGCAGCGAAGAAGAGAUUGAACCGGUUUGUCUUUUGCACAUAUGUACUCUGUAAAAUACAUGUGAAUAAGAGCUCGCAGCUGCAGUUAGCUUAGCAUUCGCAUGGAACAAUUACUAGCCAUAUCUUUGUAGUCCACACCUGUAUGUGGACGCUUUGUGCUACAUGGUAAAUGUCAUUUCAAACGCUUUGUGCUACAUUUCAAAACGUCUGAACCACAGAGUUGGGAGUGACGGGCAGUGCAGCAGGUGACCUUUCUGCUGCUGCACUGCCCCCCUGUGGAGGGGUGUUACCUCUGCAGCCAUGUUUCCUGCUCACACAGUAUAUACACUGCUCAUGAAUGUAAUCAAGUGACACUGACAUGCGAUGCCAGUGAAUGUUAAAGUUAAAAUAACUUUAAAAAUAAAAUAUAAAAAACUGA